AACCUCCAGGUGGUGGCUGGAUAUCUCCUGGAUUUCUAGGCCACAGAGAUCCGUUUCCCUGGAGAAAAUGGCUGCUGUGGAGUGCAGGGUGGACUCUACGGCAUUAUAUACCUUCUGCGGUUGCCAACUCCAGGUUGGGAAACUCCUGGAGAUUAAGGGAGGAGGGCAGAGUUUGGGGAGGGAGCAGGAUAUAUAAUACCAGAGAGUUCACCCCCCACAGCGGCUAUUUCUUCCAGGUAAACCGGGAUCUGACUGGAGGUCAGGUAUAAAUUAAAACUGAAAAACAGUUGGGACGUCAAUCUCCAGGUGAGCCUGGAGAGCUUUAGAAAUCGUGAUACAAAUUCAAGAGAUCUCCAGGCCACACCUGGAGGUUGGCAACCCAACUGUUUUAUUUUUAUAACUGGGAAAACGUAAAAAGGGCUUCUGUGGGGAUGACAAGACACCCCGUCCCCGGCUCCUCGCAGUCGUCGCCGGGUGGCCAGGGGAAGAGGACUCCCCCUUCCGACCCCCAUCCACACAAGGCGCGCCUCACGCAAACUGGGCCUAGCGCUGAGGCCUAGCGCUCGCCCGCCGCAGAGACCGCGCGCGGCCGGGCGCGCCAGUUCCGGCGGGUUGCGGGCUUUCCGGGACGCCGCGGCUCGCCCGAGGGGAGCCGCUUCUCGCCUCAUGAGUAAGGCGGCAGCGGUGGAGCUGGAGCCUGGUGGGGACGGAGCGCGCAGCGUCUGCACGCAGACCGACAGCCUGACAGUUUUUCAAGGUGGGCUGUCUAAUAUAGGCCAAGUACCGAGGCUUUCAAAAGUCAACCUUUUUACUUUAUUCAGUCUUUGGAUGGAACUCUUCCCCUCAGCUGAACAACACAAGAACUUAGAGGUGAAGAAGGCAGGUCUAGUUGUUGUGAAGAAUAUGAAAAUAGUUGGUCUUCAUUGCUCCAGCCAGGACUUGCAUGCUGGUCAAGUUGCGCUCGUUAAAUAUGGGCCAAGGCUUAUAGAUUGCGACCUGUAUUUUUCAAGGAAACCGUGUUCCGUGUGUUUAAAAAUGAUGGUAAAUGCUGGAGUGAACAGAAUUUCUUAUUGGCCUGCGGAUCCUGAAAUAAGCCUGCAGUAUGAGGCAUCUAAUGAAGAUGCUAAGCUAGAUGCCAAAGCAGUAGAACGACUGAAAUCGAACAGCCGUGCUCGGGUGUGUGUCUUGCUUCAGCCCUUGGACUGUCAUACGAUGCAGUUUGUUGAAGAAUCAUGCUACAAGUGUGACUUCAUUCAGAAAAUUGCUAAAAUGCAGCCUGAAUUGAACACUGGGUUUUAUGCAAAAUGCAGGCAAGAGAUAAUAAAGGAGUACGAGAGCCUUUUCCUGGUCCCAAGUGAAGAAACGCAUAAGCAAAUGUUAAUCACGAUAGGCCUGGAGAAUCUUUGUGAAAAUCCCUAUUUCAGCAACCUGCGGCAGAACAUGAAAGAUCUUACUCUCCUCUUAGCUACGAUAGCUGCCAGUGUACCCACUUUCGGUCAUUUUGGAUUUUAUUGUAAUAAAUCAGAGUGCUCCAGUGAAACAUACUACCAGGGGUUGCCCCAAGAAGUAGCAAGGCACUGCAUGAUACAAGCCAGACUGUUGGCCUACCGCACUGAGGAUCACAAAACUGGAGUUGGAGCAAUCAUCUGGGCAGAAGCAAAUGCGGAAAGCUGUGACGGAACAGGAGCCUUGUACUUCAUAGGGUGUGGUUAUAAUGCCUUCCCUGUUGGAUCCGAAUAUGCUGACUUUCCACACAUGGAUGAUAAGCAAAAAGACCGGGAAAUCAGAAAGUUCCGAUACAUCAUACAUGCUGAGCAGAACGCUUUGACAUUCAGGUGUCAAGAAAUAAAACCAGAUGAGAGGAGCAUGAUUUUUGUGACAAAAUGCCCAUGUGAUGAAUGUGUGCCUUUAAUUAAAGGUGCUGGUAUCAAGCUGCUCUAUGCAGGAGAUGCUGAUGUUGGAAGGAAGAAAGCAGAUAUAUCUUACAUGAAAUUUGAUGAAUUGGAACGUGUUAAAAAAUUUACGAGAGCAUUCUUGGUGACCACCAUCAUCGUCAUCAGGCUGUUUGAAAAAAUCUGUUUAAUGACUUUCCAAUCAUAG